CAUAACUCCAAACAAAUGUCCCACCUUGCAAUUGCACUCCAGUCCAGUAGUAAAUAUUCCCAGGAACGUGCUGGUAGCCCAGGACCAUCACCAGCAGAUUCUGGUUUUAGAGAAUUGCAGCAAAGAAUUAUAUCAUAUGUACGCGGGCUUCCUGGUAAUAACCUUUGUUGUGACUGUGGAGGCACUAAUGAUGUAACCUGGCUGUCAACUAAUUAUGGUGUGAUGGUAUGCAUCGAAUGCUCAGGAAUUCACAGAGAUUUAGGAGUUCAUGUUUCAAGAAUACAAAGUUUAACACUAGAUAAGGUUGGAACAGCCCAGUUACUCUUAGCUCGUCAUAUGUCAAAUAUCUCUUUCAAUGAAGUGACUGAAGCUACUUCACCACGAAAACCAGAGCCAACAAGUACAAUGGAUGAACGAAGGGAAUUUAUUCAAUCAAAAUAUGUUCGUCGAGCAUUUGUACAGCCUACGACAGCCACCCCUGAAGAUUUAUUAGUUCAACUCCGAGAAGUUAUUGAUAAGAACGAUCUUUAUGGGCUUCUGCGUGUUUAUUUCCAGGGAGGAGACUUAGGAUUACCAUUGACUUCAUUGGGAGAAUGUGCACUCCAUGUUGCUAUAUACCAGGAAAAUGGAGCAUCCCUUCCCUUAGUAGAUUUUUUGGUUCAAAACAGUCAUUCUCUUGAUCGUCAGACAAAGGAAGGAAACACUCCAUUACACUACUGUGUCAUCUCAAAUAAACCAGAAUGUAUGCGAUUACUGUUAAGAGUGGGUGCUAACCCAAGUAUAGAGAAUAACAAUGGCAAGAAUCCUAUGGAUAUUGCUAGUGAGCGUAAUUGUGGGCUAAUGGCAGAUAUGCUCAAUCAGGCAUUGCAACAGAAGAAGUCUAUGUUUGAAAAUGUGGAGUAUGAGUGGAAUUUGUCUGAUGACAAUUUAACAGAUGUAUCAGAUGAUGAUGAAAACUUCAAGCAGAAUGGCAUGUCCACCCCUGAAAAGAGAAGUAGAAGUAGACCUGUGAGUUUGCCGGGUUCAAGCUCUCCCAUAUGCCAACGAAGUGCUGAACAUAGAACAUACAGUGAUCAAAGAAGUGUAGGAGAAUAUCGAAGUAGUGAGCAUCGUAGUUCAACUUCUAGGUGGUCCAGAAAUCAGCCUCCACCACCACCAGUGUCUAGUAAACCCAUAUGUAGCACAAGUGAUGGACGACCUCUUGACACAGAUACAUCACCUUCAUCUUCACCUCAAGAAUCUCCCAAUACCUUCAUUAAUGGUCGAUCAACAGAGUCACUUUCUUCACUUGUCUCAGAUGAUCCACGUCCACCACCCAGAAUGAGAGGUAGCUCAAUGCGACAGAGAAGAUGCCAGGCUCUGUACGACUGUGAUGCAGAUUUAGAUGAUGAGUUAAGCUUUACAGAGGGAGAAAUUAUUAUUGUUCUUAAGGCUGAAACUGAAGAUGGCGAUUGGAUGGAAGGCAUGAUUGAAGGACAACCACAUCGUAGAGGCAAAGUACCUAUAAACUUUGUUCAUAUGUUAUCAGAUUAAUAUGGGGCUCAACUGAAGUUUAGUGGUUUUCUUUCAGAUUUUUUGAAUAUGUUUGUUAUAAGUACAAUUUAAUUUGUAUAACUUGGUGAAGAAUAAACCAUAAUUUGAUUUGAAAAUGCAUAGGUGCUCAUGAUUUGUACAGGUGCUAAAAGAUACCAGUCAUAAUACUGUACUAGCUUAGAAGAGAAAAUUAUAUCCUUGCAUUGUAUUGUUUUUAGUAUAUGGCAUGUUACUUGACCAUUUUACCACAUCCUUUAAUUAUAAGUAUUUAUAGUGAAGUCACAAAUAAAUUAAUACACUUAAGUUUCCAUCCAAGUACAAACCAUUGCUUAUAUGUGUCUUCUUGCUGACAUUUUUUGGGGGAAUGAAAGUAGCUGUUAUAAUUGCAAUUCAACACAAACUGGACCAUUUUAGAUCUAACUGCCCAUAAGGUAAUAUAACUGUUUAGUAUAAAAGUGCUUCAAGGGAGGUCUAUAUUGUAUGUCCAUAUCCACAAGGGUAACUAUGUGGCGGUUCAGAAUCCAUUCUUUCAAUUUUUUAAAUGUUUAUUACAGUUUUCUAUUGAAGAUGCAACCAUCAAGUCCUAUAGAUGUAAAAAUGUUUUAUUUUUAUAUUCAAAAGAAUUACUUUAAUUGUUUUAUUCCUGAACUUAAAACUGACUAGAUAGUAUUAUUCUAAAGCAGUUUAAUCACUAGUAGUAGUGAUUUUAGUAGUGUGCUUAGUCUGAAAAGUGGUAGCAAUUACAUGACUUAGGGGAAAAUUAAAUAUUAUAGAAACUCCCAUUGGUAUGCUGUGGAGAGAAAUAAAAAUUAUUGUCAAGCUAUGUGUCUGAACAUUGUUAAUCUCACACAUUCAGAGAAAAGAUGGUAAAACUGGGGAUGCUAUGUGACUGAUUGAUACUAACAAAGCAGUAAUUUGUGAAUGUAUGUGAGUGACAUGUAUAGCAGUAAGCAACUAAAUGAUAAUGAAUCUUUGGUCCAAGUUAGGUGGUUACCUAAGUAUAAAGGAAGCAAUCAUCAGUUCUUUCAGCAUUUUGUGGUUGAGAGAUCAUGUUAUUAAAACUGUUUAAGUUCUUAAAGGUGUUUAAGCUUCAGAUAAAAGUGAACCUAAAUUUUAGAUAGCUCCUUUCAUUUAGCACUACAUAUGCACAGAGAAUAUAGUUUAAGGGGAACAGUUUUGGAAUAUUGAUAUUUUGUUUACAUAUGUUCACUCUAUUUCAAUUCUUCUGUUUGAGUCCUA